CUGGCAUCACUUCCAACAUUCAGCAAACUCUCCACUUCAUUUAUUUUCUUCUUCUCCUUUUUUUUUUGCGAAAGGACUUGUAAUCUGCAAAAAUGAAACUGGCCAUCGUGCUCCUCUGUCUGGCAAGCAGUGUCUCGGCUGCACCAUCGGCCUUUCAUUACCUGACUCAUUACACGGGAUCCAGACAGCCAGUUCCACCCUCACAGGUGAAGAAUCCCUUCGCAGUUGGUCAGCCACUUCCACAGACUGGACUGCCGGGAGCUUACAGUGUGGAACUGAUUUAUCCCCACAGAUUUCCUGGUGGUAUAGGUGGAAAUGCUGGCCAGGGCUUCCAUGGAUUCAUCAAAUACUCCAUUCCCCAGCCACCUGGUAGACAAAGUGUUGAAGUUUACUACCCGUAUGAUUUCUCUCAGCAAAGGAUAAUAACCAACAUCCCACCUAUGACAAAUGUACCUCAGGGCCUUCCAUUUGAUUUUCCACCUCAAAAUAUUCCUCAGCAAACCCUGAAUAUGCCAUCUUUUGAUGCCAAUCCUCUACCAUCUCAGGAUCCCCUGCAGCCUCUCCAACAGGACCAGCCCACACAGACAAACCAAAUGCCAACCAAGGUUUGAGCUGACAAAAGGUCGAAUCCAGACACCCGCAAUGGAACAAAUCAAGACUGAACAGCAUUUUGAUAUAUUCUUAAUGAAGUUAAAAUAAAACAAUAUUAUAAGACUUAAGGAUUCUGUUGCAAUGGUCAACUAUAUUAUGAAGUGAUCAUCUGUGUAUUUCUGAGAAACUAUCUGCUUUACUUUGUAGUUGUCCUAACUUAACAAUAACUUAUUGUAGACCGCUAAAACCCCUCAGCAGCCACCUUCUGCCCACUGUCAACUACAGGUUUUGUUUUGGUAAUGCUGUGGAAAUAGUGUUACAUUUCCACUGUAACGUAGGAAUCAUGGCUGCAUUCAUUUAUCAUCAUAAUGACUUUUCUUUAAAUGUUGCUUUUUUUUCUUUUAAGAAAUAAAGUCUACUUUUUCAUGCAA